GCCAUCACCAACAUCUCUCCAAAGUCGUAACCCUAUUGUUUCUUUCCUCUCCACCGACUCUCAUAGCUUCUUCUUCUCUUGCCUUUCCCCUUCCACCUCUUUCGUUACUCUUCUCCAGAUCCGUUUAACCACUAUCUGAUCUAAUCAAUCCUCUUAUUGAACUUAAUCAAUGGAUUCCUUUCACCUUCCUGUUCGUUUCUCUAUUUAUAAAUCUCUUCUCAUAGUUUAUGUUUCCAUUAAAAUCCAUAAUAUUCUCUCAAGUAACUAUCUCGAUGGAAUCCAAAGGCAAUUCUACAGUCUACUGCUGCCUCGGCGAUUGCGGUGAAACCUAACGGCAAGAGUGCUGUUUCAUCUGACAUUCCGAAGAAGCAAAAAUCUGCUGUUCUGCUGUUGGUCUCUCCUCCGCGCAUGGCGACCAAUCGAUGUUCUUCAGAGAUGUUUCAUUCGGCCCACACGAAGCCGAGCUGAGGUUUCGUCUGAUUCACUUUUUGGAGGCUCGAAAUCCAAACACGAAAGAACUCAUCGGACAGGAGAUGCUUCUUAUUGACGAAGAGGGAACUGUCAUCCAAGGUUUUAUUACAGCAGGACGGGUUGGGAUGUAUAAGCUGACAUCAGGUUCUGUUUAUAAACUGAGUAACUUCUUCGGAUCCAGAAGCAAAGUCCAGUUUUGGGUUGCUGAUCAUAGGGCCACCAUUUCGUUCUCUUGGAACUCUGAUUUGAAAGUUCUCGAGAACCAUCCGGUCCCAAUUCUCGAAGACAGGUUCAGGUUCCAUAGCUACGAGGAGUUUCAGGCCAACUGCGACCGCAGAGUUGAUCUUUAUGAUUAUGUUGGCCACAUGAAACUGGUGAAUGGGCAGACUAUCACUGACCACACUGCCCUUGAUGAAGUUGACAUAGCAGAGAAGCGGCAUCUGUGUGUUCAUGUACAAACACAUGACGAACCAGUGAUGAAGCUCUAUUUAUGGGACAAUGCUGCAUCCGAGUUCUGCCAGAAGUUCAUAUCGUAUGGACGGACUCCAACCGUUCUUUUGGUCACCACAGUAAACCCUAAACAUCUUGGAGGAACCCUUGCCCUUGCUUCUAUGGCAUCAUCUAGAGUGUUUAUGGAUACUGAUGUCCAGCCUACCAAGGAUUAUCUUGCAUGGCUGAGCUCGAACCUGGACAUUGCUAAUAAGUUUACGGCAGAGGUUGUCACUAAGCCUGAGCCAGUAACACUAGAGGAACUAUACUCUUACAUCAAGCAGGAGACUGCUAAGGUUGCUUGGUUUGAGUGAACAGCAACUAUAGAUGAUGUUGUCCAGAGUUCUUCUUGGUAUUAUAUUUCCGGCGGUGGGUGUAAUAGUAAGGCAAUCAAAGGGCCUACUUCACUGAUUUGCAACAAUAAGAAGUGUGUGAAAAGGGAGGUUACAGGCGUUCCUCAAUAUCUCACGAAGAUUGCUGUUUAUGACAAGAGUGAACAAGCAGUUUUUGCCAUUCUUGGUGAUGCUGGUAAAGAGUUGACUGGGAAGCAUGCAUCCGAAUUGGUUACCAAAUAUUUUGAGUCAAAUGAGGGAUUGGGAGCUGACCAUCCCGUGCCGGUUCCGCAAGCUUUACUCGAUACGAUAGGGCACACGCGCAAUUUCAUUAACAAAGUCUCAGAUCAUAACCUAACAGGCAAGACUCAAACCAUAACUGUCACAAAGAUACUUCCACCAGAAGCUACACUUGCUAUAGCACACUUGGAAGAAGGCACUACUCCAGCAGUGUCCGAUGAUGUUUUGAAGGGUGUAGGUGAUGAAUCUGGUCCUUCUACAGGCUUUGAGCAUUCCGCUGGUGAUAGGGUUAGAAAAUCUUCUGAGAAUCUUGAAUCACUUGAAGCAAAGCGUUCCAAGAGUGGCUAAUAAAGCCUCAGCCUAUCCUCUUAUGCAGUGAUUGUUUGUCGCUGCAGUUUAAGUAAUGGUCUUAUGUGGCUAAUAAGUUUUAAGUACUGGUUUUCUUUAUUACGUUAUUGUGCUUUGUUUCUUUCAUAUCCAAACUUUGUCUUUGCAGCAUGUGAACUAUCUUUGUUAAAACAUUUUUGGUUAUUCUUAUGUUUGCUGCUCCUUUUUGUUAAACAUUUUAGUAUUGAUGUAUCUGAUGCUUAAUCUUUUUAGUUUCGAUAUUUAAAUUGGGUCAUGUGGUGAUUA